UAGGGUUCCUCCACAGCUUCUUCUUCUUCUUCUUCUUCUUCUUCUUCUUCUUCCCCACACCCACCCAAAGAUGAAGCUCGUCAGGUUUUUGAUGAAGUUGAACAACGAAACUGUAUCGAUCGAGCUGAAGAACGGGACCGUGGUCCAUGGAACCAUCACUGGUGUUGAUGUGAGCAUGAACACUCACUUGAAGACGGUUAAGAUGACUCUCAAGGGGAAGAACCCAGUGACAAUGGACCAUCUGAGCUUGAGGGGUAACAACAUCCGCUACUACAUUCUUCCUGAUAGCUUGAACCUCGAGACUUUGCUCGUUGAAGACACUCCUCGUCUUAAACCCAAGAAGCCUGUUGCUGGGAAGCCUGUGGGACGAGGCCGUGGACGUGGUGGUCGUGGCCGUGGUGGUGCCGGUCGUGGCAGAGGUCGUUAAGGUGAGUCACUAGCAACCGCUGGCAAAGGAAUACAUCUUGAUUAAGAGAUUGAUUGCUCGUAAGGAAGUUACUAUUUGCAACUCCAUGGUUAAGCUUUUCAUGUUAUAAGAGCAUGUACAAGUAAAGAAUUUGCGUUGAUUAGGAGCUCAAGGCUUUUUUUUUCAUUCAUGUGACAAAACCUGCCUAUUAAAAUGCGUUAACAUGUUUCAACA